AUGGGAGCGGCCGCAUGCGAAGUUGAGGACGCUUACGUUCAAUUGAAGCUCGAGCCAGUGCACUCGUCAAACGCGGAUGAUAACGUGGUUUUGCCACAGUCGAACCUGAUGAUGUUUUCUUACACGCCAAAGAACCACGUCUCCUAUACUAUAAAGGAGUUUUCUGCAACGCGUUUCGGCAGCCAUCGCCAGCGUCCAGACCAUGACGUUAUGAAACGUAUUCAGCGCCAAGCGGCCAGUCGUGGUAGCACGGCUGCUCGCUCACACGCUUUGGAAGCUGGUGAUGGACCUGAGGUGAAGGCCACCCCCCUCAGUUCAAGGCCAUUGUUCACAAGACCAUCACCGUUCAAACCGGGAGACACAACAAUGACCGACAUCGAGACUCUGAAGACUUUAACAGCAGAACAGCGUGAAGCACUGGUUAACAUUAUUCGCAAUAGCUCCGUGUUAGACCACCCGCUCAACCACCUUCAACAGGCUCUAAGUGCUCCACAAGUGGUACAUUCGCAGAAUAACGGACUGCUACGGAGUAACCUUAAUCCAGUUUCGAAUCCGAUUAUGCCCUCAAACUUGGCUGACCUCACAUUUUCGCACUAUGGGACGAACCCCAUCACAGCUAUAUCCAUGGUUCCACGUCGAAACAAUGGAAAACGCCGUUCGGCCAACUCUCACAACUCGUCAUGGCUGACAUGA